AUGCACGAUUUAGAAAUUAAAGAAAUGGAUAACACUGAAGAUAUUGUACGUGCACCACAAGCUCCAAGCCACUCUGAAACAUUGCAAAACGGCUCCACGAAGAAUCAAGAUAGAAGCAUGGAUAGUAAGUUUGACGACCCGAAGCCUUAUAAAACUGAUGGCAAUUCGAGCUCUCCUGUACCAGUUCUACCAGUACCAAUUCUUGAGCAGCACAGGACCGAGAAAGAAACCGAAACCGCUUCUCCGAACGAGGGUAAAACUUACUCUCCAGAGCGGAUUCAACGUACUUUGAAUUCAGUGAACACGCAAGCUCGAUAUCUCGUUGAAUGGGAAAAUACAGUGCACUCGGGAUCAGCUUUAAGCGCGGUUCUCGUAUUCCUGUUCUUCACUGCCAAUUAUUCAUUGUUCAAUACCUUUUGUUUCUUGGCGAUAGUCUUGAUAGGCGCUGAUUGGGCAUAUGUGUUUGCAGCCAAGCAAUUCAAAACUUUGUUCAAUCAAGAUGCUGUGAAUCCUCACGAUAAAUAUAUAAGGAAUCCACCUCACAUCUCACGGGAACUUGCCAGGGAAUACACUGAUCUGUGGGUCGAUAUUAUUAAUUUCGUGUUAGCGGAAACUACUAAAAUUGUAUUUGUGGAGGAUCCAUAUCGAAGCAUAAAGUAUGUUACUAUUUUCUAUCUCACAUGGACGGUAGCUUCUUGGUUCUCUUUCCGCUUUCUGAUCGGAGCUGCGGCUGUUCUCGCCUUUGCAGUACCGAAAUUAUACAGACGAAAUAAAGAAUUGGUUGAUAAACAUCUCAAUCAAGGGUAUGAAGUAGUCCGUGAUAAUGUCAACAAGGGAGUCAAUGUCUCUUAUCAAUACGCCACACCUUAUAUCGGCAAAAUGAAAAAUUUUGCUGCCUCAAACGGUUUUGGCAUGAAGAAGAAAGAGUAA